GCGCGGCGUCGGCGGCCCCGGGCAUCCCGCGCGGGAGCAGCGGGGGCGGCGUCGGCGCGCCCACCGCGCCCCACGCGGUGCUGCCGCGGGAACACUGCCUCAAGGAGCCGCGCUCGGUUGACUCAGCCAGGAAUUCGGCUUUGCAGGGCGGCCUGAACUCAGUCUUCGGCUGGGCGGAGUCCACAGGCGGCGAGGCGAACCAGCCGUCCAAAGGCGUUGCCGCGCCCACCCGGUUGCUGCCGCUGGGUGGCUUCGGCGCGCUGCAGGAGGCGCUGCCGCGAAGCCGGUCUCAGGUCGGGGUUGCGAGAACGGGCUUGGCAGCGCCGCUUUACUUCACCCGCCUUCACCUCGAGAGGCUCUUGGUGGGGCUCGCGGGCCUCAAAGGGCCAUGGGCGGUGGGAGGUGACUGGAAACCGGAGCCCGCGCAGGCCCAGGAGUGGGCUCGUCUGGCCCAGGGCGUCGCGGUGGCGCUCGACAGCCCCACCUGCGGGGAGCGAGUGCUAGAAUUCUUCGUGGCAUUGAGAGCGGCGCCCCCCGCGGCGCACCCCAUCGUGCUGCAGCCGCCCACGCACCCGGCCCCGCUGGAGGUCGGCGACGGCGCGUGGCCGUGGGAGGCAGGUUACAUCUCUUGCCUGCACAACUGCGGCAAUCGCAAGGAGGGCCGCCGCCUUGGUCUCCGAGAGCAGCGGGCCCCCUCCGCCACCGAGUGGCAGAGUCAGCUCAAGGCGCAAACUCCUGCUGAGUACCGCUGCCGGGCUGGGCCGCUGGCGGCCUGCCAGCGCGCGCGCGCCCUGCUGACCGCGAUGCGCAGAAAGAGGUGGCCGAGGUACUCGGCGCCCGACUGGCAGCCGAAGGUGAUCAGCUCCCUCGUCAUCGAAGACGGCCAGUGGGUGCAGUCGGGGGCUCUGGCCAACAUGUCCGUGGACAAGCUGCUGAACGUGCUAGGCGGCGACUCGGCCUCCGCCUCGUCAUAUCUCACGCGGGCCAUGGACGACCACGUUCUGAGGCUGCGGAGGCGGGGCCAGCAUCAGCAGCGGGACCAGUGGCAGUCCUGUGCCAAGGAGGCGGCGUCCGCCACGGGGGGGCAGCGGGCCUUCGCAUUCGCGCGGGCGGCGCAGGCGCGCCCCACCGUCAUCGAGGCCCUCGACAACGAACAGGGCCUGGCCCGCCCGCUCGGAGGGGACGAGGCCAUGGACUACCUCACGAGACAGCGGGGGCCGCUGCGGGACAACCCAGACCGAGCAGAUGAGGCGCAUCCCCAGGACUGGACGGGGCAGGAAUUCGACGCCUCCAGCCUUCCGCCUCUGCAGGUGGCCGACCUGGACGCAGCCGUGAACAGGCACGGUGAGAGGGCUGGCUGGGGUGGGAUCAGUUACACCCUGGCCGCUGCGCUGGCUGCCAGCUACAGGGAGCGG